CCUAAAUCGCUGCGUUUCUUUUUGUAGUUCCUCCAGGAUCCCGACGAAGAAAUGGCCAAAAUUGAAAUGAGUAGGAAAAAGCAAUACGAAAACCAGCUGUCCUGGAAUAACAUUAACAAAGAUCCUCAUAUGCUGAUUCCUACUCCAGAUAAAGAUGAUGAUCCGGUUGGUGUUGAUUACUCUCACUUCAUACAUCUGAAUGUUGCUUCAACUAGAUCUUCACCACUACCAAUUCUGGGCUGGGCAAACAGAGAUGAUGUAUGGAAAAACAUGAUAAACAAAGAGGAGACAUAUGUGAGGGAUAAACUAUAUAUGCAAAGGCACCCUCUCCUGCAACCUAAAAUGCGAACAAUCCUUCUAGACUGGCUAAUGGAGGUUUGUGAAGUCUACAAGCUUCAUAGAGAAACUUUUUAUUUAGCACAAGAUUUCUUUGAUAGAUUUAUGGCAACACAACAGAAUGUUGUAAAAACACUAUUGCAACUUAUUGGGAUCUCUUCUUUAUUCAUAGCAGCAAAGCUUGAGGAAAUUUAUCCACCAAAGUUGCACCAGUUUGCCUAUGUUACAGAUGGAGCUUGUACAGAAGAUGAAAUCCUCAGUAUGGAAUUGAUCAUUAUGAAGGUAAUAUUUCAAAGCAACAGGAAAGAAAGAAGAUAA